UUCUGGAGCUUUCUGAGAUCAGAGAUCAGCGCCGGCACACGCGAGUGUGUAUAACGUAUAACACGAGAGAGACGAUUCACGAGGAUUCGCACGAGUCAUCGUGUCCAAACGUAUUUUUCGCACGAGGAGACGAGAUAGCGGAAACGUUGCAUUCCUGUCGUGCACGAUGAGUGAUAAGGUAGUUCUUUUGAAGGAGAGCGGGAAUGCUGCUUUACAAGAGGGCAAGUUCGAUGAAGCCGUCAAAUAUUACACAGACGCCAUCGCCCUGGACGGCAAUAAUCAUGUUCUCUAUAGCAAUCGCUCAGCGGCGUACGCGAAGUCUGGAAAAUAUCAGCAGGCGUUGGAAGAUGCGGAGAAGACUGUUAGUUUGAAGUCGGAUUGGGGAAAGGGUUACUCACGCAAGGGUAGCGCUCUUGCCUAUCUGGGCAGGUACGAGGAAUCUAUCAAGACUUACGAGAAAGGUCUACAGUUGGAUCCCAACAAUGAACAGCUCAAGAGCAGUCUCGCCGAAGUGAGAGCUCAGAAAACAGCCACUGCAGCCAAUCCUUUCAAUGCUCCCGAUGUUUUUGUAAAACUAGCGAGUGAUCCCAGAACAAAAAAGUUUCUGUACGAUCGUGAUUAUUUAAGGAUAUUGCAAGAAUUACAAAACGAUCCACAGAGUCUCGGUACUAAGCUCCAAGACAACAGAGUGCUUACCACUCUUAGUGUACUUUUAGGCAUGAGCUCUGAUAUGGAGGAACCGAUGGAAACCGAGCCGAUGAAUCCGCCGCAACCACCAAAACCCAAACCAGAACCCAAGCCCGAGAAGAAGAAGGAGGAGGACAAUCUUUCACCUGAGAAGAGUCAAGCUUUAGAGGAAAAGAAGCUGGGUAACGAGGCUUACAAGAAGAAAAGUUUCGAGGAGGCUUUACAACAUUAUAAUAAAGCUGUGGAGUUAGACCCGACAGAGAUUAUUUAUCUACUGAAUAUAGCGGCAGUGUACUUUGAACAGAAAGAGUAUCAGAAAUGUAUUGCUCAAUGUGAGAAAGCUAUCGAAGUUGGUAGGGAAAAUAGAGCGGAUUUCAAAUUAAUAGCUAAAGCGUUCACAAGAAUCGGUCACGCUUACAAAAAAAUGGAAAAUUGGAAGCAGGCCAAAGUAUAUUAUGAAAAGUCCAUGUCCGAACAUAGAACUCCGGAAAUUAAGACUUUACUGUCAGAUAUAGAUAAAAUAAUCAAGGAGGAAGAGAGAAAGGCUUAUAUCGACCCAGUCAAAGCAGAAGAGGAGAAGGAACUCGGUAAUCAAAAGUACAAAGACGGUGACUACCCUGCAGCUAUAAAGCAUUAUUCCGAGGCGGUCCGAAGGAAUCCGGACGAUCCCAAAUAUUAUAGUAACAGAGCGGCCUGUUAUACCAAAUUGGCGGCAUUUGAUCUCGGCUUGAAGGAUUGCGAGAAGGUCGUUGAGCUGGAUCCAAAGUUCAUCAAGGGUUGGAUUAGAAAAGGAAAAAUUCUGCAGGCCAUGCAGCAGCAGGGAAAAGCUCUGACGGCAUAUCAGAAGGCUUUGGAAUUGGAUCCACAAAACAGCGAAGCGUUGGAUGGCUAUCGCUCUUGCGCCGUGUCCGCUAGUUCUAAUCCAGAAGAAGUUAGAAAGAGAGCGAUGGCGGAUCCGGAAGUUCAAAGUAUAUUGCGAGAUCCGGCUAUGAGGUUGAUCUUAGAACAAAUGCAAAGCGAUCCAAGAGCUUUACAAGAUCACUUGAAGAAUCCUGAUAUAGCUGCAAAGUUACAAAAACUUUUGGAAUCUGGUCUCAUAGCUAUUCAUUGAAGAUAUACAUUAGCCAUUGGGAUACUUAUCAUCUUGCUCUUGAAAUCUGUGUUCAAAAUGCCAUUCAUAACAGAAGUUAUGUUAUACACAUGAUCCUCUCGGGCAAAUACAGUGGCCUUUAGUGUCAUCGAUGAUUUUUGUUUUACGAGACUUAUUACAGUGGUCAUAUGUAUACCAAUAUAUACACAUACAUGAAGCUCUUCGUGCAAAUAAAAAAUAGUGUAAUUGUGGAGCUGUGUGAAUUCUUAAUAUGUAAUAUUUACUUAUAAAAAACUUGCAUAAUCCAACGGCUGAGCCAUGAAUAUCACUACUGCAAUAGUGUUAUUAUAUUUUAGGUACAAAAAUCAAUCUAAAACUAAUAGCGAAUGGUUGGAUGCACCAAAUGCGCACGAGGAGUGCACUAGGCGCAUCAAACCCAAUUCACUAUAAAAAACAUAUUAAUCCUUUAAAAUAGUAAAAUGAAAUUAUUUCUGUAUAUGAUGCAUCCGCUAACAUUUAUUUUAUUAAGGUUACUUAGUUUUUAAUACUAAAAUUAAUUAUAUAAUAUAAUAUGAUGAAUGCGAAGUAUGAUUAAAGCAACAAAUAAUACAAGAGAAGAAUGCUUCAAAUAAAUAAACUUCUUUUUAAA